AUGGCAGCGGUAACGCCACAAUAUCAUAUACAUUUGAUGAAAGUGAACACACAGGCAGUCUGCGAUUUCGCCUCGCACGGAUUCGAGCCGUCAUCCGCGUGCCAUCUGCUGAUCAAGUCAUCGCAGGGCGACCGCAGGACUCCACAUCACCCCGACGGGGCGCAGGCGGCGGCGUUCAUUGGACGCUGCGAGUGGGCGGCACGGCUUACCUAA